AUGGUUCUCCAAGAUUUGGGGCGGCGAAUCAACUCUGCCGUCAAUGACCUGACAAGGUCCAAUAACCUUGAUGAGAAGGCUUUCGAUGACAUGCUGAAGGAGAUCUGCGCUGCUCUUCUCUCCGCCGAUGUCAACGUCCGUCUCGUCGGUACCCUGCGCAAAUCGAUUAAAGCCAGCGUAAACUUCGCCUCCCUCCCGGCCGCAGUGAACAAGAAGCGCCUGAUUCAAAAGACCGUCUUCGAUGAGCUUGUCAAACUGGUCGACCCCCAUGCCGACUCUUUCCGCCCCAAGAAGGGUCGUUCCAAUGUCAUCAUGUUUGUCGGUUUGCAGGGUGCGGGUAAAACCACAACGUGUACGAAGCUGGCUCGCCACUACCAGACGCGAGGCUUCAAGACAGCCUUGGUUUGCGCGGAUACCUUCCGUGCUGGUGCUUUUGAUCAGCUGAAGCAGAAUGCUACCAAGGCCAAAAUUCCUUACUAUGGUAGUUUGACACAGACGGAUCCUGCCGUUGUGGCUGCUGAGGGUGUGGCCAAGUUCAAGAAAGAGCGCUUUGAUGUCAUUAUUGUUGAUACCAGUGGUCGUCACAGACAGGAGGAGGAGCUGUUUACGGAAAUGACUCAGAUUCAAGACGCUGUCACGCCAGACCAAACCAUCCUCGUGUUGGACGGUACAAUUGGUCAGGCUGCUGAAGCUCAAUCUUCCGCUUUCAAGGCUACCGCCAACUUCGGUGCGAUUAUUAUCACCAAGACUGAUGGCCAUGCGGCUGGUGGUGGUGCCAUCUCUGCGGUCGCUGCCACACACACCCCCAUUAUCUUCCUUGGUACCGGUGAGCACAUGAUGGAUCUCGAGCGGUUCGAGCCCCGUGCUUUCGUUCAAAAACUUCUGGGUAUGGGUGAUGUUGCUGGAUUGGUCGAACACGUUCAGGCCAUGACCAAGGACUCUGCUGGUGCCAAGGAAACUUACAAGCACAUUGCUGAGGGUAUCUACACUCUGCGCGAUUUCCGUGAAAACAUCACAUCAAUUAUGAAGAUGGGUCCUCUCUCUAAGUUGUCUGGUAUGAUCCCUGGUUUGUCAAACAUGACCCAAGGCCUGGACGACGAGGACGGCUCCCUGAAGCUGCGCCGCAUGAUCUACAUCUUCGACAGUAUGACUGCGGCCGAGCUUGACGGGGAUGGCAAGAACUUCGUCGAGCAACCGAGCCGUAUGGUUCGCAUUGCUCACGGUAGUGGAACUACCGUUCGCGAAGUUGAGGAUGUUCUCUCCCAGCACCGCAUGAUGGCUGGCAUGGCCAAGCGUGUUGGAGGCCAGAAGAAGCAGAUGCAACAGGCCCAGAAGAUGAUGAAGGGCGGAAACAAGGAUCAGCAGAUGGCUGCUAUGCAAAAGCGCAUGCAGUCCAUGGGUGGUGCUGGCGGCGGCGGUGGUAUGCCUGACAUGGCCAAGAUGAUGCAGAUGAUGGGCGGCGGAGGCGGUGGAAUGCCCAAUAUGGGCGGCAUGGAUAUGCAAAGUCUCAUGAGUCAAAUGGGUGGAUUGAUGGGUGGAAUGGGCGGCGGCGGCGGCCGUGGAAAAGGUGGACGUUAA